GUGGUGACAAGAAGACCAAGGGCGCUGCCCUCGUGUUCUAAGCGACUGGCGCUCGGGGAAUUCGAUGGUGACGAAUUGAGGACAUUGCCCUGGUUUUUCGGAAGCUGGCCUUGCAUGGCCCUUCCCGCCAUGCCAUGGGAACCCAGGAAGCGAUUCGACUUUGGCAUGGGGUAAAUGGGCAUAGAGGAACAUGUACAAGGCAUGGGUGGUUCGGACGCGGAACAACAAGCACAAUACCAUCUUGGGGCGUUUCGUCUGCGGUUUAUUCACGAUCAAGGGUCUCAGUCCCCACGCUCCAAUAUUGGGUCCCGCCCAGCUUCGAUGUCUUGUCCGGCGUUUCGCAUGCAGAGAGGCGCCCGUAGCUGUUCCGGGUUGAAUGCCACAAACCUUGGGUCUGCACUGCAAACAAGUCACUUGGUUCAAUGCAGAGGAGGGCCGUUGAGCUCCGCCACCAUGAUGACCCCUACUGUUACUACUUUGACAUCCUUUUACGCCCAGCCUAACACGGCUUCCCAGACUUCAUCGUUGACCAGAACUCAAUUUCUGGCCCCUUCGAGUGCACGGUGGCCAACCGUCAAGUCGAACAACCCAACGUACAGGCAUUCCCAUCGGCGAGGGAAUCAGUGCUUCAUCUGUGUCCUUCUAUUUUCAAACCUGCCCGCCAAGAUCAGAAAUUGCAUGGCUGCGCGACGGCUGACUGCAUCGGAAGGCUCAACGAUGCCCAACUGUUUCGGAAUUUCCCACCCAUUUGACUGGGUGUUGUCAAGUGCCGUCCCACCCACCACAAUGUAGACAACAUUCAGCCACCGCCAAUCCCAAUUGCGACAACGGGGAUCCGAGGGGACGGUAGGGUUCCCUAGCGUUGCUAGGCAUGCCCAGCCCCUCGCAGCCACCGCCAUCACCAAUAACAUUAGGUGCGGCUGCUUAGAGCUUCGGAGUUCCAGGUAUUUGCAGGGAGACGGUGAGGAGUGGCUUCAGCCGCACUGCGCCAGUCCGGUCCGGAACACUCACACGGGGCAGUCAGGCGGACCAUAG